AUUCACUAUGUGGGGAGGUCUAGGAAUCGAUUCCUGACGGGUACAAUUUAUAUUUCCGAUGUAAAAAAAAAUUAUCCGGUUUAGAAACCGAACUCUAAACAGAGAUACAUACACAUAUAAAGGAAGGGGAAUUCAAAAAUCCAGUACAAACUCUUCAUUCCUCCAUUUUUCUCGGCAACCAAACCAUCUACUCCCUCUUUCCCUCAACCGCGAGCUAGGUCACGCUACUCUACCAUUCCCGCUUCUCCGAAUCUGCGACGGCAACGCCGGAACGAGCGUGAAAACUCGUGAUUCAACAACCAUUCAAUCACUUGCUACCGAAGAAAAUCAAUCAAUGGCUUACAGACGCUGCCUCUUUACAAGAGGGAACCUCACAAACCGGAACCACUACCCAUCUUUCAGCUACGUGCUCCACACCAAUGAAGGGAAGCAGCGUGAACAGCAAGAUGAAAAACCAAUUUCAACUAGCGUUGGAAACUUCAACACAAUGUCCUUUGGGAGGAGCUACAUUAACCGAUCAUCGGGGUUUCUCGCGGCGUUGUACCCUGGAUACAAUCUCUGCCGGUUCAGACGAGAUUAGUAUAAUGACUGAUGUUGCAGAUAUUCUCACUGAUGUGACCAUGGAGGGUGUAGCUUCUCAGUCUCAGGCUCCUGUUGUUAGUGAAGUUGCCAUUGCUGCUGCUGAUUCUUGUUUGCCGGUACAGAUCGCGGAGUAUGUGAUAGAUGCUGUGCAUUCCUACACAGGCUUAAACUGGUGGGCAGCCAUAGUUCUAACAACCCUCUUGAUUCAAAGCGCGACUGUACCCGUCUUAAUAUAUCUACUUAAGGCCGCUUCUAAGCUUACAAUGAUGAGACCACACUUGCAAGAGUUAAUGCAACAGAUGGAAAGGAAGGCUAUAUUUUGUUACUGGCUUACAUCAAAUUUGCUUACACUGAUUUAUGGACUUGUGCUUCAAGAUCCUGGUGUAAAGAAAGCUUUGGGUGUUCCUGAAAUUCCUGCUGCACCACCCACCAGUCCUCCACAAUCUACGACUUCAACAAAAAAAUUAUAAAAAAAUGGAAGUCGUAGUUGCCAGUUACUCUAAAACUGUAAAUAAAAAGUUGCACUACGUAAUUUAGUAUCAAAAUUACGCUAGUAUUGUAAACAACAAUGAUAUAUACACACCUCAUCUU